AUGUUCUACGCUGCCAGGGAUGCUGGCAUUACAGAGAGGCUCAUCACGAAGCAGGACUGCCUCGCGGCCUUGGCCGCAGCUCUUGACUCUGAGCUCGGCACACGAGGCGCAGACAAUGAGAAGAAGCUGCAGUCGCACCAGCAGAAGGUGGCAAACCUGGCAAUGGCCCAUGCACUCGUUGGGAAGAUCCUGCACGACGACGCCUGGCUGUACUUCCGCAGGUCCUGGCAGAUGGGGCAGAGCUUCUUCAUCGCCACGUGGUCGUUGGGGGUGUUUCUCAAUGGCAAGCGCAAGGACGGCAAUCAGGCGGGUGCCUUCACCCGAGUGAGGAGCCGCUUGGAUGAGGCAGUUGAUGCCGUAGAGGUCGUCCAGGAGGAGAAGGAAAAGCAGAAAACUUGGGCCCGUCGCCUCUCUGCAGCCUUGCGCCUCUCUGCCUUGGCAAGACGCACCCCGAGCAGCGGGACUGUGGACUGA